UCUUCCCGUUGACACCCCCAGGAACCCCCAAACGGCCUCAAAAUUGAGGAAAUCGAGGAAAUCGUGGAGACAGAGGUUAUCCUCUCUCCAGAUGAGAUGCACCAUGAGGAAUUCGAAAUCACGAUGGUACCCAUGGAAUCGACAACCGUGCUGACGUCCACCGGCGGCACAGGCAACCUGAAGCGAGAUGUGCGGGACAUGGUGCGAGAAGCCAACUUUCAGACUAAGUUGCUGAUGCAGGAAAACGAAGCCCAAGACUACCAUUUCCAGCAUGCCUCGAGCGCGGACGAUACGGAGGGUUCGGACCAAGAGCACACGAUGGGCGACAUAACGUACAAGAGUGAAAUGGACGGAAACGAUACAAUGAACUCCAGCAACCAAAGCUCUAGCCGAAAACGUCGCGGCAAUCUUCCAAAGCAGUCGGUAAAAAUACUGAAACGAUGGCUGUACGAACAUCGCUUCAAUGCGUAUCCGACCGAUGCGGAGAAGCUAACGUUAUCGCAGGAAGCCAACCUGACCGUUUUGCAGGUCUGUAACUGGUUCAUCAAUGCUCGGAGGCGUAUACUGCCGGAAAUGAUACGUCGCGAUGGGCAUGAUCCAAUGCACUAUACCAUUUCGCGGAGGGGCAAGAAGAUGAGCGGUCAGCUGAUGGGACAUGAUGGACAGAAUCCGCUCACGAUGAGCCCCGCAUCGGAGGUGAUUGUCGGUGCGACGGAGGAAAUCAUCGAGGAGGAGGAGGUGAUCGAGGACGGUGUACCGCAGAUUAUCACUAGCCACGGCCAGCAGUACGUGCAAACACCGUCCGGUUUGGUGAAGGUGGAGGAAGAUGUAGACUUUGAAGAUCACAUCAUCUAUCGUUCGGACGACAGUAACAUCGAGUAUGAGUACGCGCAAAGUGAAGAAGAGAUGGCAGUCACGGAGCAGGGCGAUUGGGACGGCAUGAUUCGCUACGCGAACGAGAAGGAUGAAGAUAUUCCCGAAGAAAUUACGGAAGAAGAAGUCAUCGCAUCGGAUAGUGGAGAGAAUGAAUUUUUUACCACGACGUCACACACAAAUCUCGCUAAUAUACCCCUACAGCAGACUACGACUCAUGUUACAGCUCGCCCAACUGUAACGACAACUGCUGCUAAAAUAAUUACAACUACACCAGUACCAGGAGGCAUGCAGCGAGUGAUCAUCGGUCAAUCGAAUGCCGGCUCGCUCGGUAAUGUUAUCAGCACUACACAGGGCGGUACCACCACGCUUGGUACGCUGAAGCUGGGUGGCAAUCUGACAGCCGUCCCACUGCAAACGGCCUUUAAAGCCGGCCCGAAGAAGCUGACCGUCGUGACGAGCUCCGGCAAAACGACAACCGUGACCGCGACACCGUUGAGUGAAUCGAACGCCAAGACGAUAACGGCCACCUUGCUGCCGAGCGGAAACAAUGCGAACAACAACAACAACAACAACAACUCCCAGAACACUAAUCCACACACGACGACGGCGGUAAAGGUAAAAGGUGUGAUCCGAGACGAUAAGGAUCAGUUCAAGUGUUUAUACUUGCUGGUAGAAACUGCUGUUGCCGUGCGCCAGCGGGAAAAGGAACAGGACGAUGUACACGUACUGGGCAACUAAGAGUCCGGGUGAAAAA